AUGCGGAGGUCUAUUGUGGUUGCUUCGAUGGCGGAGAGAUUUGUUCAUGGUCAAGAUAAUGCGAUUGAAUUGUUCGAUGAUAUGGUUCGGUGCCGUCCAUUCCCUUCCGCGAUUGAUUUCAACAAGCUAAUGGGUGUCAUCGUGAGAAUGAAUCGACCGGAUAUUGUGAUUUCUCUCUAUCAGAUGAUGGAAAUGCGUCGGAUUCCGUUUGAUAUCUACAGUAUGAGUAUUCUGAUAAAGUGUUUCUGCACCUGCGAGAAGUUGCCAUUUGCUUUGUCUACGUUUGGCAAGAUCACCAAACUUGGUUCCAGCCUAACGUCGUCACGUUUAACACUCUGCUCCACGGAUUUGUCUCGGAGAUAA